CGGAGCUCUUUGGACCUCGUAACAAGAGACCCAAGAUCGAGGAUUACAUCGAGCGAACGGUUCACGUCUACUGGGACGAGGAGUUCCGUCGGAACUUUCGCAUCUCGAGGCGAACAGCCUACAAGCUGAUCGACGAGUUUGCGGCGUCUCCUAUGUACCCCGCUGCCGAUCACGGAGGAUCGCCAGCGAAGAGCGCAGAGGAGCACCUGCUGUCAUUUCUCUGGUACGCGGCUAACAAAGCAUGCAUCAGAGACGUUGCCGGACGUUUCAACCUGGGUGAGAGCACGCUUCACGGCAUGAUGGAUCGAGUUCUGGAUUUCGUCCUGAGCAUCGGACCGCGCCUCAUCAAGUUCCCCGAGGAUCUGGAGCGCCUGUCAAGAGACUUUGAAGAGGUAUCCGGUGUCCCUGGCACAAUUGGGUGCAUCGAUGGGUCAUACAUCGCCAUUGAGUGCCCAGCCAAAAAGAUCCGGUCAACUUACGUCAACCGGCAUGGUUACCCGUCGUUGACACUCCAGGCAAUCUGUGACCGCCACAAGCGGUUCCUGGAUGUAACUACUGGACACCCAAGCAAGGUCCAUGAUGCCAGGGUGUAUCGAACAUCAAGCAUUGCAGACAAGCUACCAGAGAUCUGCCGCAGGAGCCAGUACCACAUCCUCGGCGAUGCGGCCUCAUAUUGCCACCCCUCCACAUUCCCCGUUCAUGCAACAUGCAAGCCCUGAAUAAAAAGUUGAAAUGAGGACAUCAUAGUGAGAUCUGGCUUUCUUAGGGAAAAGUAGAUUUUUGAAUUAGAAUCUGGACAUAGCUUUUUAUGCCAACAUGGCCCCAAAGAAUCAAUCUCCCCAAUGUUCUGCCCCCUUUCUCUAGCCAAGCGGGGAAAAAAAGAGUGUAGAAUGACAUCACUUACAGCCAGCGUUCUUUGUU